GUCUGAAUUUAUCAUCUUAAUGUUAUGGACUUUAUGAUAAAGUGUCAUUAUUGGAAAUAUUUUAUUACAAUUAAUCAUUAUUUUAAUGUUGCAAAAUGGUAUUAUUUUUUAUUAUGAGCAUAUAUCAUAGAUAUAAGGUUAAUAGCGCCCAGUUAAAACUAAUGGACUUUUACUCAAUAAAAUAGAUUGCAUAUUUAUAUCUGGGCAUUAUUUGUAAAUUCACGUGAAAGUGUACAAGUGCUUUAAGUUAUUUUUUAAACUUUUGUAAUAGCUUAAAAAAUGAUAUUAGAAAUUAUAUUAUUGCUGAUUCACAGUUGUUUUGCUUUUGAUCUUCCCCGCGAUUGUUGCGGUCAUGAUUUGAAAAUAAACGAAGACAGGUUUAACGUGACUGAUACCUUUCAUAUUGGUGAUGUGUAUCCAACUGAUGCCCAUUACGAUGUGUAUGGGAAUCUAUUUUACGUGGAGUCUGGGCGAAACGACGAGGGAUUCUUUUUUAACAUCAACAUUAUCAGAUUUAAGAGUAAAUCAUCACAGAAAAUUAAAGGUUUACCAAAAGGGCUCAGCUACUCCAUUGCCGUGGACAAGAAAAACACCAAAGUAUACUUCGGAACUGGUAAAGGGAUUUACACCUACAGUUACGAAACCCACAGCGCAUCGCCCAUCACCAGCAGUGCUGUAAAACUGGACAUGAUAUUUGUUGAUAAAGACAGCAACAAAUACAUAACCGAACAUAAUAAUGGCCUCGAGGAAUUAUAUCGUCUUGACGGAGACAAGAAAACUCGACUACGUACCCCUGAAACGUUAAAUGAGCUUGCUAUUGAUGACAAGAACAACUUCUACUACAUAGCACAAGAACGCCUCUGCGUAUUGAAAGUUAAUGAAACGAGACCAGACUGCAUCAGCAGAGUGAAUUAUGACGGCAUCGCACAAAUAUCUGUACAUAAUGACCAUGUAUUCGUUGCCAGUAAGAAUCUUACUUAUUUCAGCAUCAAUGAAAAAGAUCUCCGUAAUGCUGAUAACCUUCCAGGACAAGUGACAGCAAUAGCCUUUGAUAAUAAAGGAAAUUUUGUGCUUGGAAUCCAAGGGAAACUGUUAAAAUACGAAAAAAAUGAUGAAUGUAACAUCAGGGAAGACAAUGGAAAUAAGCCAUCUGAACAACUCAAGCGUCAUCCUUUUUAACUAGAGGAAUUAAUGAUCAAGAUUAUCUAUUAUUAAACAAAUAUUGGAACAUCCUCUUUAUUAUUAAAAAUAAGUUACAGUUUCUUAAAAGCCAAAUUCAAAUCACUACGCUAAUAAUGUGCCUAAUACCUUAGUACAUCUAAGUCUUAGAUAACACUAUAUUUUUGGGGAUCAAUAUUUUUCCAAUUUUAGAUAACCGGAUUUUUAGUUAUUAGUAAACAAUUGAAUUUAAAAACAUUGAAAUGUAUAUUUUUAAUAUUUAUUUGAUAAAGUUAUUUUUAACAACUUUUAAUGUUUUUCUAAUCAAGAAUAUAACUUACAGUAACACCAAAAAUUCUACUGUUACUUAAAUCUUAAAUACUAAAAUAUUUAUCCAACUUUCGCACUUGCGGCUCCCAACCUUUUCUUUUCUGAAGCAAAAAUACUAUAAUAAACUUUAG